AUGGAGAGGAAAUUUUUUGUGGGUGGCAACUGGAAGAUGAACGGAAGUAAAGGAAAAAUAGAUGAAAUUUUAAAGAACUUGGCGUCAAAUGAUCUUUCUCCUUCCACUGGUUUGUUUCAUACCACUGCUGUUAGGGCCAAUAUAUACAUUGUCUUGUUACAAAAGUAUUUAGCUGUCGUAAUGUUUUUCAUCACAAGUAGUCAUUAAUGAGUAGUCGAGUUUUGUAAAUUAAAUAAUGCAGUUGCAAAUUUUUCUCUGUAUGUUGAAAUCUAAUUUAAAGGCGUCUCGCAUAGGAGUUCAUGCGACUUAGUUGAUGUGUUGAUAAACCCCACAUGACCACGAAAUUGUUUGUUUGUUAUAUUUUGUGGUCGUAUUUACUUUUGAAACAGUAAUUAGGAGUUAUUUAAGUGUCAAACUUUCCGCCCUUUUGAAUGGGUUGUCUUCAUUCCCCUCCAGGAGUUUGCAGACAAAAAUAGGAUUUCCUGAAGGGAAGCUAGAAGUAAUUUUUAUUAUGGUUAAAAAAUGUCCCAAGAUAUUUGUUUUGAGAUUAUUGUUUUAAGAUUAAUUUGAUAUUGAUACCUUAAGCUUGUGUACUACUAAAAAGCACACUACUAACAGGUAUUAUAUUGUCGUUGUCUAAACAGAUGUUGUAGUUUCUCCUCCUUCUAUUUAUCUGGAUUAUGUCUGUAAAGCAGUCAAGGCAGGCAUUAGUGUUUCAGCUCAGAAUUGUUAUAAAGUGGCCAGUGGAGCUUUCACAGGAGAAAUCAGGUAUUAAAGAAGAGUGUUAAACCUUAGAGAAGAAAUCCUAAGUUCGUAAGCUAUAAGUCAGCUGUUUGAGUCACCAAAUGGUUAACCAAUAAAAUUGCUUUCUGCAAGCUGACAUAGGCUCACAUGACCAAAGUGACAUUUAAACAGGAGAUGGUAAAGUGGCCUGUUAGUGAGUGUACUGGACUGCUGAUUGGAAGGUUUUUGUUUAAGCCCUGGCCUUAAACAAUACCUCUCUCUAUAUAGUGAUGUAUUUGAGUACCAGUGAAUCACCAGGAGAACCCACUAAAAGCUUGGUUAGCCUGUGAUGAACUAGUGUCCUAUGAAGGGUGAUUUGUAACACAGUAGAACCACUAACUCAAAGUCACAAGAGAAGCAGAAAAGAAUUUGAGUUAUCAGAUUUGGUGUUGAAUUCUAAUUAUCCUUCUAAUAGUUGAUAUGAGAAAAUUUUAUAAAAAGGGGUUCUAAUCCAGGAGAAAUUUUAUAAUAUGCUGAAUUGCAGUGCAUUUUGAUUGGAUUUUUAUUUACAACCCAUUGGAAAACAAACAUAUAGAUGAUUUCAUCAUUGGCAGUUUUUUGUUUCUUUAUUAUGUAUCACAAAUAGAUUCUGUGGGUAAUAGAUCACAAAAUAUUUCAAAAUGUGACAAGAACAUUGGUGAAACAAUCUGUGCCUUGUUUGCCACUUUUUUGUUUGUACCACAGAUGCACUGCAACAUGCAAUCUAUUUGUUAACUGUAUUUUUGUUUAAGGGAGUUGGAUUGAGGGUUCUAUUGUACUUUUAGUCACUUGAUGACUCAGACUUAAGUUUAAGAUGGCCAAACAAAUUCUUAACCCUUUCACUCCCAGUAGUGACCAAGACAGAAUUUCUCCUUAAAAUAUUAACACAAUCUCAAGUGAACAAGUGAUGAGAAUUUAGAAAAAUAUCAAUUAGAGGACUAUCAUUUGAUUCAAUACCAAAUUCUAUAAACGAAAAUUAUAAGCAGUGUAUGGCAGAUAGUGGGGAGAAAUACUAAAGAGAUCAUGGGAUUGAAAGGGUUUACUGUAAAUUAAGUCAGUUGAUAUGUUCAGCUCAGGUCUGAGUCAGCUCUAGCCUCCUUAGUGUUCACUUUUUUAAUACACUAAAACAUCUAACAAUAAAUCAUCAUUUGAUGAUUUUCCUGUACUUUAUAUAAGAACUGGGAUAAAUUUAUUGGCUGUUCAUGAGAUUACAUUACAUUUUUCACCUUUCAGGCCUUGACAUAGUGAACUGCAUACCAUACAAGCCUAAUAACUGCUAUAAUUUCAUCAUUCAUAAAGUUUAUCAUAUCAGAUAUACAAUUUGUAUACUGUAUUGGGGUGGAAAGUACAUAUUUCAUAUCUAAUGUUUGUAAAAGUAACCAGAUAUUAAAUAUCCAUUUUAGCCCUGCAAUGAUCAAAGACAUUGGCUGUAACUGGGUGAUCAUAGGACAUUCUGAAAGGAGAAAGAUUUUCCAAGAGAGUGAUGAGGUGAGAGAUAAGGAAAUUAUCUUUGGUAGUUGUAUGGAAUGUGCUUGCAGGGAAUAAUAUUUGGUUAAGCACUGCACACUUAAUUUCUGGUCUCAAGAGAAACAAGGAGAGUCUCUCUUUAUAACUUUUUCCAAGGGAACAAACUCUAGAGUGUGAACAUAACUGAACAAACAAACAAGCAGUAAUAAAAAAAACAGCUGUUUUGUCCAUUUUCCAUCAAUUACUUCACAAACUUGCCGAUAUGUUGCAAAAUGUAAAACAGAACCAACCCAAAACCCUUAAAGAAUUUCUGGUUUCCCAUUCUGUUUUUGUAAUCACAAUGAUGUUCUUUUCACACAGUGAUAGGCAUAUUUUUUUCUUUGCAUGUGUUCCAUUUUGUUCCCAAUUUGAUGGCCUUGUUGAUGCAAACUGAGGGUAGAAAAAUAGCAUCUUUGCUACCAAGUUUGGUAAUUUUCUGAUCACAUGCACUUCUUAAUUUGGUGCAUUCUAAACAGACAACAUUUUCUGGUGAUGAUGUAACAGGCUAAAGUUAUCCUUUUUUUUCUCUAUUAACUUCCACAAAGUCCACUUUACUUUGUUUUUAUCAUUGCAGGACUGGCAGGGCUGCUUUCAUUUCCGUUAAAAGGAAAUGAUAUCAAAUAUAUAGGAAAAUAAAUUCUUAAAGUGGUUGCUCAUGCAAUGAGACAUCAUUGUUCCUUUAGUAAAAAGCAUUUAAACAUGAUGCAAGAAAACUAUGUUGGCAUGAACAAUAGUUCCAAAAGGAUCAAAUAUUUACAAGCUAACAUCUAGUUAUUUUUGUGUGUAACUGUGUUUUCUUUAGCUCAUUGGCGAGAAGGUUGGUCAUGCUCUAUCAGAAGGAUUAAAUGUGAUAGCCUGUAUUGGAGAACUUUUGUUGGAGAGAGAAGCUGGAAAAACCAUGGAAGUUGUGUCAAGGCAGCUUAAAGCCAUUGCUGGUGUGUGAUAAUCUAAACUUUUACUGUUACCAUUGUAAUAAUACUUCUCUGGGUGACUAUCUUACAAAACUUCUGAUUGUUUUACUCAUCUAUCCUAUUUGGAAAUUCAAUCUAAAGGGUCUGGAUAGACUUUAAAUUUGAAAACAUGUUUUGACAGUUCUUCUGUCAUCUUUAGUUCUGAAUAAGGCAAAGUACAAAGUAAUGGGAGAAACCUCCACUUAAUCACCAACUUUAUCAUGUUAAUUUAAAACUUUUCUUGUAAAUGCAUGCAUAGUUCUGUUACUAUUGUUUGUUUUGUCCAAUCAGCAAUUUGUUACACACUAUAAAUUCAACUUUGUACUUUGUAUUAUUCAGAACUGAAGAUGACAGAAGAACUGUUGAAACAUGUUUUUAAAUUUAAAAAGGGUCAUUCAUUUUCUUGAAUUCAAUCUAAAGAGAAGAACCUAUUCAUAGGGUAAAGGGUAACCCGGUUACCAUGUUGCAUGAAGCAACAAGGAGCAUUACUUCCCAGCCCUGGAUGGGAUACAAGUCCAUCACAAGGUCCAUUAGGUUUCCCUAACAAUCAGCCUGUACCCAUUGAUACUCUUGGGUGGGGAGGGGCAUUGUGAGAGCAAAGUGUUUUGCCCAAAAACACAAUGCAUCGACCCGGCCAGGUCUCAAACCCAGACCUCUCAACCUGGAGUCUAGUGCACGCACCAUUAAACCAUAGGGGGUGGGGAUCCAUUCAAUUUUUAUUUUAGGGAAGUAUGGGUACCCAAGUGAUAAUGCCAAAACCCUAGAGGCCACCUGUCUUUAAAGUUUCUUUGAAAUCAAAGAAUGGAUUGUCAGAAAAUGUCUUAGUUAUCAAAUUGCUUGGCCAGAAAGAGGCUAUAAAAUUUCCAACUGUUUGUAUUCCUGGGUAGUAGUUGGCUUUCUCGUGAGAGAAAGAGCCUGCCGACAAGAUGAUCCCUUAUUCCAAUUUAUACUUGCUUUACCACAGAUAACGUCUCAGACUGGAAUAAAGUGGUUAUUGCUUAUGAACCAGUUUGGGCCAUUGGCACUGGAGUUACGGCCACACCUCAACAGGUGAGGAAAUUUUAACCGCCAAGUAUGGUGUGAAGGUGAAGGUGAAGGUGAAGGUGAAGGUGAAGGUGAAGGUGAAGGUGGAACUGAACUAUGUUCUGUAAUUGUGAAGACGUAAUAGCUGCUAUGUUAUACACCUCCUAUUACAGGUGUCAGUAAUUCUUGGCAUUUUUAGUAUGGGCUAACUAACGGGCGCUGUGGACGAAAAAUUGAAGGUCUGAACAGACCGAAUUUUGUGGAACCUUACCUUUUUUUUCACGGGAUAUUGGUUUAGAAUAAGAAUUUGUAACUUGAUAACUCAUAGGCUCAAGAAGUCCAUCAUCAACUGAGAGGUUGGCUUACUGAUAACGUUUCAGCUGCUGUCGCUAGUUCAACUAGAAUUAUUUAUGGAGGUAGGCUUUCUAAAUUUUUUAUUGAACCGUACACAAAACAUGCGAAUAUUUUCUUGUAAGAAAGACCUCAGGAGAAAUCCUUCAACUCAUAAUUGAUAAGUUAUACUGCAAUGAUCUUGAGGUUGUCAGUGUUUUUGCUUGGUCAAUAGUCUAUAAAGCCCUUUGUAACCUAUCAGUCCUAAAGCCACGGCUAUUUCUACCAGUGCCUUGUUAUUCUAUGUAUGAUCCUGUAGAAACAAAUGUUUAAAUAGUAAGCAGGCGUUUUUGGUCAAAUCUGCGAGUUUUCCGUGUUGGACUACAUCUCUGAGGUCCUGCGUCUAUAUGAAUAGACGUAGGACCUCAGAGAUGUCCAACACGGAAAACUCGUUUGCCGUGUGCAACAGUGCGCUUGAUGUUUGCUCGUACAACAUUAGGCUUAAUGUUUGCAACAGUAUUUCUAUCUCAAGAGCUAUCAAUGAAAUAUGUUUAAACUGUUAAUUUUUUUGAUGGAACGAAAUUGCUUUGAUUUAAAAUGAAAGGUCCGGACUCGAAACCUGAGUAUGGUGUGUGUGUGUUUUGCGCUGAAGAAGAUAGAGCCUGGUUGCUCAAAUGUUUUAUUUGUGUCAAUAUUUGCACAGGUUCCGUGAACGCCAAGAAUUGUAAAGAACUGGCUAAGGAAGGUGAUGUAGAUGGCUUCCUUGUUGGAGGAGCCUCUCUUAAGCCUGAGUUUGUUCAGAUCAUUAAUGCUAGGUUGUGAGAAAACGUAGGUUUAGUUUGUAGAAUUUACGCUUGAAGGAAUGUGGUGUUAAAACUGAAAAUUUUAGUCUCUGGGAAUAAUAAAAAUUGAGAGUGUUUCAUUUAUAUCGUGCCAAUCAGAUAUGAUUACUUGUCUUGGGGUAAAAUUUUCAAAUAAAUGCAAUUUAGGACUUGAAGAUAAAGGAACAUAUCUGCAAUUCAAAACUAAAUUACAAAGAGCCUAAGCAACGCCAUUUUUGAGAACCAUAACGACUUGGGUGAUUGACGUUUUUACUGUUUUUCAAAUAGCAAACAGACUUAAAAGUCUAUGCUUCCGGCAUGAGAUGUACCAGUGAAGGUUUUAGAAAACACACCAACUUGUACUUUUGAAAAAGUUAUUCAGAACAUGGUUGAUAAGGCAAUUGUCUGAACCGUUCUCUCUCAGGAUUUAAAAGUUAAUUCUCCUGACUAAAGAUCAAACAUUUCUUUACAUGAGAGUUUUAAGAAUUUGUUGUCCUAAUAAAAUGUGCAUCUUUUAUUUUAUAUUUUUCUCAAUCCUCAUGACCUAUCUGCUUGAACUCGUGCCUUAAACAUAGGAAGAAUUUAUGUGCUGAUCAGGCAUGGAAGUCAACACAGGUUAGUCUCGUGAUAAAGAUUUCAAUUCAAGAUUUUGAACCACAGCAUUUCGUUUUUAUCAAUUAUGCCGCUUUCUACGGAAAUUUUUGCAGUUCCAGAAAUGCGUGAAACAACCUGAAGGGUUGCCAUUUUUUUCACCUUGGCCUCUUUGUGUUCAUUCGCAUACUUAAUAUGCAAAUCCGUUCUUUUAUUGUCAUUUAUUGAAUAUGCGCCGCGUGGUUAUAAAACAAACAAAUACAAAGCUUCGAGCAGAUCAGCGACUACUCUUCACAGAAUCUUUCGCUUAGUCGCCGGUUUAGAAUGAAACAUGGCUUCGCCAGUGAGUAAUAUCGACCACAUUUUCAGUAAAGAGGCAAACUGUCCUAUUUGUUUGGAGGAGUAUGUUGAACCAAAGGUUUUACCUUGCCUUCACAACAUUUGUAAGAAAUGUCUGAAAGAACUGUUACAUCAUCAUACGCUGAGUUUUCGCUGUCCAAUCUGUCGUGCUGUUUGUCCGAUUCCUGACCGUGGAGUUGAUGGUUUUCCAACAAAUGAUUAUUUAGCGCGUUUAAUUCGAGAUUCGCCAGCCAAGAAAGUUAUUCAAGAGAUCAGAAAAGCAAUGAAAGACUGCAGUGAAACACUUGUAAUCGUGCGGAAAAUCUAUGAGGAGGCUCGCACCGAUAUGGAACAACAAGGAGAACUAAUCAAGCGCAAGAUUCGCGAAGAUUUUGAGAAUCUCGUCGAAGUUCUGCGAAAGCAAGAAGAAGCCUUGUGCGCUGAAGUCGAUAAUUUAGUCGAGAAAGAAGAGAAGAAACAUCCGGCGUGUUUUCUCACCUUGCAAACAGAGACGUUAUUGACUCAUAUCGAGGGUUCCUUGAAAUUACGAGAUGCGUUAGACGUAGCAAACGAUAAAGAGCAUUUGUUAAACAGAAUCAGAGAUGCAAAUGUAGCGUGUACCAAGUUGAGCCAUUUGCAUUCCGCCGCUGAGACAGAAAAGACGAAAAAUUCGUUCGAAUUUAUGGGAAACAAAGAAGUUCUUCAGUGUGUUAGUGGAAACAUGUUUGGAAGUGUAGGCUUGAAGGGACAAUUAACAUCUUCAAACACGUUAAUCAGUUCACCUGACUCGAAUGACUUGGGGAGCCUAGAGGUUCUUAAACCUGGCACAAGGUUUCAUUCUCUUAAUAUACCACAGCCCUUGAAACGAAAGUUCCAGCCAUUUGCAGUAGCAAUAAACGAUGAAGGUCAUAUCGCACUUAGUGAUCAAGGAAAUCACGCUGUGUUAAUAUACAGCAAAAAAGGAGAAUUUGUGGCUUGUGUUGGUAGACGGGGAUCAAAAGACGGAAACCUUGAGUCGCCAACUGGUGUAACAUUUCUAACGAGGCAUUUGAUCGCCGUUGCUGAUGGGUGUUUGUUUGGUAAUCCAGCGCGGAUUCAAGUAUUUGAUAGCUCGGGUAGAUUCACACGCUGUCUCGUUAAAUUGACUUCUAACUCUCAUUGGUUCACGCGCCUCACUACCGUGAAUGAAGAGCAAAUUUUGGUCACGUGCACACCUGUAAUGCAGGGCCACGAGUCAUGUAUUAAGGUGUUCAACACCAGCGGAGAGGAACUCCUUUGUUUUGGGACAAGCCUCUCAGGAAAACUACUGCAUCCUUCAAAAGCUGUUGCACUCAACAACGAGUUUUUCGUGUCAGAUGUUGACAAGAAGAACAAUCGUUGCAUGGUAAGUGUUUUUGACCACGAAGGCAAGUACCUGAGGGCAUUUGGUGAAUGUAUGCUGAAAAAAGAUCCAAACGAACGCGCCUUCUAUCCGCUUGUGAUUGCUUUAGAUGCAGCAGAUAGCAAAGUGCUUGCAUACAGUGGGCUGUACAAGCUGGUUCGUUGUUAUAUGCCUAAUGGUUCUUUGGAGUCUUACUACAGUACACUGUCUGGAAUCACGGACAUGGCUGUUACUGAUGAUGGCAGAGUGUUUGUGGUUUGUGGAGGAAGUGGUGAAUUCCCUCACAGUGUUCAGCUUAUAUUCCAUUACUAA